UUAGACCUCGAAAGCCCGACGAGUUACUUCUGCGGUUCGUUGCCUAUAUUACAAGGUUCAUUCGCCCUGAAUUUCCAGUAAGGUUCUAGACUUCUCAACGAUGAGAGUUCUCUCGACUUAUCUUAUAUGUCGCCAAAUCCGAACAUCGGCUGGCAUCCCCAAAGAAGAAAGAGAGAGCUGAGACGUUUUUGUGCAGGGAAAAAGAAGAUUCCAUAUAUCAAAUCUCACUCGAAAGAAAAAGUUCAAAAGAAAAAAAAAAAAAAAAAAAGCUCUCUGACGCAGGCAAAAGCAAAGCCCUUCGAUGGGGUCGGUGGUGGGAUGCUCAUGCUCCUUCCUUGCUCUGCUUAGCUCACUCAGUAGCGUCGCCAUUGAUUUUCCUCUCAUUCCCUCACAAAACUCUGCUCUCCCCCUUUAGCAGAUUUUAAUAAAAGCAUCUUGAUUGGCUUGUCUUCUUCCAUCCUUGAUGGGUCUGCUCCAUCAAGCUCUUCUCAUCCUUCUCGUGAUCUUUUCCCCUGCUCUGUCCCAAGUAGAAGAGUUCAUCAGUAUAGACUGCGGCGGAGCCACGAAUUACACCGACUCCGCCACCGGGCUGUCAUGGGUGUCGGACGCCGGCGUUAUGAACAGUGGCAAAACCGUGAAUUUACAGAACUCGAAUGCUGGCCCGACCCAGUACAUGACCCGUCGGGACUUCCCGGUGGACGGCAACAAGUACUGCUACACUCUCCCGACGCAGCAACGGCGGCGGUACAUCGUUCGAGCCACAUUCCAGUACGCGGGCCUCGGGACGGAGGAGGAGACAUACCCGAAGUUUCAGCUCUACCUUGACACGACCAAGUGGACCACAGUCACGAUCUUCGAAGCCUCGAGUGUGUACGUGAAGGAGAUGAUCGUGAGGGCGCCGUCCGAUUCGGUGGACGUGUGCCUGUGCUGCGUGACGACGGGGGCGCCGUUUAUAUCCACUCUGGAGCUGAGGCCGCUGAAUCUUUCCAUGUAUGCUACUGACUUUGAGGACCGUUUCUUCCUCGAGGUGGCCGCUCGGGUUAACUUCGGGGCUGCGACUAAGGAGGUUCUCAGGUACCCAGAUGAUCCUUAUGACAGAAUCUGGGACUCCGACCUUGCGAAGAGGCAGAAUUUUCUUGUAGGGGUUGCCUCUGGCACGGAAAGGAUCAACACAUCGAGGAACAUAGACAUUAGCACCCGAGAGUAUCCGCCAGUGAAAGUGAUGCAGAGUGCAGUCGUGGGCACGAAAGGUGUCCUCAGCUAUAGGCUGAACCUCUAUGAUUUCCCUGCCAAUGCACGAGCUUAUGCCUACUUCGCCGAGAUCGAGGAUCUAGGUCCGAACGAGACCCGGAAAUUCCGACUGGCAGAGCCUCAUCUGGGAGAAUACAACAGUGCCAUCGUUAAUAUCAUUGAGAAUGCUAAUGGGAGCUACACUCUUUAUGAGCCAAGCUACAUGAAUGUGACGUUGAAGUUUGUGCUGUCAUUCUCAUUCAUGAAGACGCCUGAUUCAACUCGUGGACCCCUGCUGAAUGCAAUUGAGAUCAGUCGAUAUGUUGAGAUUGCUUCAAAGACAGACACUCGAGAUUUGGCUGUUCUCAAAGCUUUCCUCUCCAUGUCUGGUGGAAGCGUUCUACCGGCUCAUGGUGAUCCAUGCCUUCCUGUUGCUUGGGAAUGGGUGAGUUGUAGCGCGACAACACUGCCAAGAGUCACGAAAAUUACCCUGUCGGGAAAGAAUAUGAAGGGCAUGAUCCCGUCUAUGAUCAAUGACAUGGAGGGAUUAACAGAGCUGUGGCUUGAUGGAAAUUCUUUUACCGGGACGAUCCCAGAUAUGAGGAAACUUGUCAGCUUAGAAAUCAUGCACUUAGAGAACAACAAAUUGACUGGACACUUACCUUCUUCUUUCGGAAACUUGAUGAAAUUGCAUGAACUGAAUGUAGAGAACAACUCUUUAAGCGGGGAAAUACCUGAAGCACUGCUCAGUAGAGGAAUCAACUUCGAGUAUUCAGGCAAUCCCGACCUCCAUGGAGGAUCAGAGAAGAAGGUUCGUAUAUGGUGGAUACUGGGAGCUUCGAUAGGAGUACUUGCGGUUGUACUGAUAUUGUUAGUUGGGAGUAUACUGUUCUUGCGGAAGACUCGAAGAAGGAAGAUUCAGGCCAGAAAACCCGACAAAGGCGAUUCAUUGCGGGUCAGCACAAAAACUUCAACUGCAUACUCGGUUGCUCGUGGAAGAGAGGAAGGGAUAUCAUACUAUAUAGCCCUCUCUGACUUGGAAGAAGCCACGGGCUACUUUUCCAGGGAAAUUGGAAAAGGAAGCUUUGGCACCGUAUAUUAUGGAAAAAUGAAGGAUGGAAAAGAAGUGGCAGUGAAGAUGAUGGGCGAUUCAUCUAUUCAUGGAAACCAACAAUUUGAGACCGAGGUUGCUCUAUUAUCGAGAAUCCAUCAUAGGAAUCUCGUUCCUUUAAUAGGGUAUUGCGAAGAGGAGAACCAUUGUAUUCUUGUGUACGAGUACAUGCACAAUGGAACCCUUCGAGACCACAUUCAUGAUGCUGUCAAGCAGAAGAACUUGAGUUGGCUUGCCCGACUUACCAUAGCAGAAGAUGCUGCAAAAGGUCUUGAUUACUUGCACACGGGAUGCAGCCCGAGCAUAAUUCACCGGGAUGUGAAAACAAGCAACAUUCUGCUCGAUAUACACAUGAGAGCAAAAGUAUCGGAUUUUGGGCUUUCAAGGCAAGCUGAGGAGGAAUUGACCCAUGUAUCAAGUGUGGCACGAGGGACAGUAGGAUACCUGGAUCCCGAGUAUUAUGCAAAUCAACAGCUCACUGAGAAGAGCGAUGUAUAUAGUUUCGGAGUGGUUCUUCUGGAGCUCAUCUCUGGAAGAAAGCCGGUGUCCGGAGAAGAUUAUGGUGUGGAUUGGAACAUCAUUCAUUGGGCUAGAUCCUUAAUCCGUAAGGGCGAUGUGCUCAGCAUUGUGGACCCCAUCCUAGCAGGUAGUUUCAAGAUCGAGUCCAUAUGGAGAAUCGCUGAGAUCGCGCUUCAGUGUGUGGAACAACAUGGCGUUUCACGUCCUAGGAUGCAGGAGAUAGUACUGGCAGUACAGGACGCGAUCAAGAUUGAGAAGGGAUCUGAUCAGAACGGCCAGAAGCUGUCUCCAGGUAGCUCCAAGGGCCAGUCUUCCCGGAAAACAUUACUGACAAGCUUCCUUGAGAUUGAGAGCCCCGACUUGUCGAAUGGCUGCGUAAUUCCACCAGCGAGAUAGAUGACCCAUGACUCUUAAGCAAUAUGGCUUGCUACUGACUGAUGACAUUCCUUAGAGGUGCUUCAGAUACAUACUUGUGUUGUGCUGCUCUCUUUACACACAAUCAAGUACUGAUACAAACAGUAAUUUAAGGUUGUUUUUGUAAUUUUAAUGCAAAGUUUGAUUACUCAAAUUUAAUUCA